CCCGCACCACUACGCACGCGGCACGCCACCUCCACCGCCACCGCCACCGCCUCGACCCGUCGCGACACACCAACCUAUAUAUAAAACCGCGCCGCCGCUCCAUCAACUCAUUCAUCUUCUUUCUUCGCCACACCGACGGACCGAUCAAGAAGAGCAGAAAAGGUACAACAAAGAUCCAGCGAUGGGAGUGGGGAUGAAGCGCGCGAGGGAGGAGGAGCCGGUGUCGCUGGCGCUGGCGCUCACCACGGACUCGGCCGCGUCGUCCACCACGUCGGCCGACUCGGCCGGCGCGCCGGCGGCGACCAGGAAGAGGGCGCGGCGGGGCAGAGUGGUGGCCACGUCGGGGGAGGGGGAGUUCGUCUGCAAGACCUGCAGCCGGGCCUUCGCAACGUUCCAGGCGCUGGGCGGGCACCGGACCAGCCACCUCCGCGGCCGCCACGGGCUGGAGCUCGGCGUCGGCGUCGCCAGGGCCAUCAAGGAGCGGAAGAGGCAAGAGGAGAAGCAGCACGAGUGCCACAUCUGCGGGCUGGGGUUCGAGAUGGGCCAGGCGCUGGGCGGACACAUGCGCCGGCACCGCGAGGAGAUGGCGCUGCGCGGCGGCGGCGACGACGGUGACCAGUGGGUGUGGCGCGGCGUCGGGGUGCUGGAUCAGGAGGCGGUGGGGCACCAGGCCGCCGCCAAUUACGAGCCACCCGUCUUGCUCGAGCUGUUCGUCUAGGUAGCCGGAUCUGCUAGUAGUUACAAUUUCUUGAUGGAGGACUUCACUUGUAAAUGUCUUUGAUUAGGAUGAUGUUAUGAGAUAUUAGGUUAAUUGUUGGGCAUUGUAAUUACGAGUUUACGGUUCGAUAGAGUACGUUUUGCCUGUUUU